AGAAUUACCAACCGUAAUUGUUUCACGUGACAGAAAAGAUAUCGUAUUCCUUCUGGAUGGUUCUGAUGGCACAAGGAAUGGCUUCCCUGCCAUGCGUGAUUUUGUAGAGAGAGUGGUGGAGAAACUCAAUGUGGGAGAAAACAAAGACCAUGUCUCUGUGGUCCAGUACAGCAGAGAACCAGAGGUCCAUUUCUAUCUGAACACAUAUACCACAGGGGAGGAUGUGGUGGACUCGGUCAGAGGGCUUAGACACAGAGGAGGAAGACCCCUAAACACCGGGGCAGCUCUCCAAUACGUCAGAGACAACGUCUUUACAAACUCCUCUGGGAGUAGACGCCUGCAGGGUGUCCCACAGAUAUUGAUCUUGCUAACUGGGGGAAGGUCUUUUGACAAUGUAGAUAGCCCAGCCUCAGCUCUCAAACAGCAGGGCAUUUAUGUGAUUGGCAUCGGAACUAGGACCUCAGAUGCUAGAGAGCUGCAGAAAAUAUCAUAUGAGCCCAGUUAUGCUCUGCCAGUGUCCGAGUUCACUGACCUUCCCAGUGUCCAAGAAAAGCUCUCUUCUGUAAUGAGCACAGUGAUAGUGAGGGCCACGCCCAUGACACCAACAGUGACCGUGGUCAGACCGCCAGCAGGAAAGGAUGUGGUGUUUUUGCUGGAUGGAUCUGAUACUACUAGAACUGGAUUCCCAGCUAUGAGAGACUUUGUCCAAAAACAAGUAGAGACACUCAGUGUGGAUGAUGGCAAAGACCGUGUGUCGGUUGUUCAGUACAGCAGCGAUCCAGCCGUCCAGUUCUAUCUGAACACUUACACCACAAAAAGAGAGGUCCUUGACAGUGUCAGAGGUUUGAGGCACAAAGGCGGACGACCCCUCAACACUGGAGCAGCUCUCCGGUACUUGAGGGAUAACGUCUUCACGGCCUCUGCCGGAAGCAGGCGGCCCGAAGGAGUUCCGCAGGUCCUAAUAUUGAUCACUGGUGGAAGAUCAUUUGACAGUAUUGAUGAACCGGCCUCUGCUCUCAAACAGCUGGGUGUCUUGACCAUUGCAAUUGGAACCCGAGGCUCUGACCCUAGAGAACUUCAGACCAUAACUGGCGAGCCCAGUCAUGCUGUAUCUGUGUCUGACUUCACUGACCUUCCCAAUGUUCAAGAACAGCUCUCCUCUGUAAUGAGCACAGUGCUAAUGAGGGUCACACCUUUGACCCCAACAGUGACUGUGGUCAGACAGCCAGCAGGAAAGGAUGUGGUGUUUUUGCUGGAUGGAUCUGAUGCUACUAGAACUGGAUUCCCAGCUAUGAGAGACUUUGUCCAAAACAAGUAG